UGUGGGAUGUAGUGCUCAGCCCUGUCUGCAGUCAUGGCGUCCCGUGUCCUAGCGCAGUGUGUCCGCUCGUACACUCAGCGCUCAGCUAGAAUAAUCUUCGGAAACAUCACUACCAGAGCCGCGGCAGUGUCAGUCGCCAACCAGCGGCAUUUCUGCUUCAACGCCGGUAGCCAGAGGAAAGCUUUAACCGCCCAGAUAAAGGUUUCCAGCCCCUUAGUACAGUUGUGUCGGCAGUAUGGAGAUUUGCCACCACUCACAGUGGAUACCAUCAGAGAACGUGUCCUGUAUGUCCUGAAACUGUACGACAAGAUCAACCCAGAAAAACUGACAGGAGCUUCUCACUUCAUGAAAGAUUUGGGGUUGGACAGCUUGGACCAGGUUGAAAUCAUCAUGGCCAUGGAGGAUGAGUUUGGGUUUGAAAUUCCAGACGCAGAAGCAGAAAAACUGAUGACCCCUCAGGAGAUUGUACAGUACAUUGCAAACAAGAAGGAUGUGUAUGAAUAAUAAACCCUCUUCCAAUACAGAUGAGGGAUGUAGGAAUGAGCCGGAUGGACCUGCCGAUAUCAACCCCCACCAGAGGUUUUGAAUCAGUGUCCUGGAUAUUUUGAGAACUGUGUUAAUGUUGUACAAAGCUUUUGAAUGUCAUCUGCCCAAUUUGCUGUAAGCAUUGUAUGUAAAAACUGUUUAACGCUUAAAUAAAUCUGUUAAACCGG